UAUUAAACAUUUAGAAAGUCAAACUGGAGCGAUUUCAGGCUGCUGUUUUACAGAAGAAGCUGCGAUAUCUGAGGGACAAACUUACCUUUCUGCUGCAGCAGGUUCAUUAGAUACUUUAUCCUGUCCGCUGUGUCCCGCAGAAGACUCAAGAUACCGCGAUAUCUUCUCCACACACUCUGGAGAUAAUGUUUCCAGGAUAACGUGGCAUGACUUCGCUGAUACAGCUUCAGCAAUGGCAUCAGAUCGAGUCCAACGUAGAGAAUCGUGCUCUCCAGUCAUUGUGUAGCCUAGCAAAAGAUAACGAGCAAAGUAGGGGAGGUCUUCAUUAGCAAGAAAUAAAAAGAAAGACCUGCUUGAUGCCUCCGACGAACAAAUGCUCGAAAUGUGUUAGUUGUUAAAGGUCCGCGGUAGAUGCAGAAUACCGGUUGUUAACUAAACAUCUCUCUAAUAACGUGUAGUUGCAUCAAAACAAAUAAAAAGUAACGUUGGGAACUACACGUGGUUAAACAGGAAGUAUCUAAACGUCAUCAACCUGACGACUAGUCACCUGACCAAUCACCAAAGAGGACGUAAAGGUCACUCAACAAGAGCGAGCUGAGCAGGAGGUUUGGAGGUUUCCCUCUUACUACUUCCGUUUUCGACUGCACGGAUCACCACAAUAAAUAACUAGCUGUCUGCUGGUACGUUUACCUUCAGGUACAGUUAUGGCAGAUCUCAACAAGACUGAAAAGGUUCAGCUGCACGCGCCAGAUUUAGGGGAACUACGUGUUGUAUUACAAGCAGGACUGGAAGACAACUUUGCUGAAGUUCAGGUGAGUGUUGUGGAGUGCCCAGAUCUCACCAAAGAGCCCUUCCAGUUUCCUGUCAAAGGCUUGUGUGGAAGUCCUCGCAUCACUGAUGUUGGCGGUGUGCCGUAUUUGGUCCCCUUGGUUCAGAAGGACAAGGAAUACAACAUGAACACCAUAUCAAAGGAGCUGGAGCUGCCAGGAGCCUUCAUCCUCGGUGCAGCAGGCGCUCCCUCCCGAAUUAUUGGAAUGAAUGCAGAGCUGAUGCCUCUGGUCCUGACGGAAGCUGGGGGAAGGCCGGCAGUGAACAGCAGCUACUUCUCCUCCAUCAAUCCAGCCGAUGGCCAGUGUCUGCAAGAAAAAUACAGUGACAAAUUCUCUGAUUGCAGCUUUGGACUACUGGGCAAUCUGUAUGCUUGUGAAGGGAAGUCUGGAAAGGUCAUAGAGGUGCGGGCCAAGAAGAGAACAGGAGGCCACAGUCUUGUGACGGCCUUGAGGAAGACUCUUGAAGGUCACUACCCUGAUAAAAGCCUGGCUCUGGGAGGCACGUUCAUCAUCCAGAAAGGGAAAGCUAAAAUCCACAUCAUGCCGAGAGAGUUCUCAGUCUGCCCCCUCAACACCAAUGAUGACGUCAACAACUGGCUCAAGCACUUUGAGGUCAGCGCCCCGCUCAUCUGCCAGUCAGUGCUGGUAUCCAGAGACCCUGGUCUGGACCUGCGCGUGGAGCACACCCACUGCUUUAGCCACCACGGAGAAGGUGGCCACUACUACAUAGACACCACACCUGACCAGGUGGAGUACCUGGGCUACUUCAUGCCUGCAGAGUUUGUCUACCGCAUCGACAGGCCCAAAGAGACCCAUGGAGUUGGACGCGAUUGAAAAAUGAAAUUAAUGAAUUAAUAAAUCAUGUUUGCAGCAUAGCAUCUCGUGAUAGCCUAAAUAAAUCAAGCAGUAUAUGAUUUAUAUGAGCUUCUGUGUAUUAGAAACCCAACAGAAACUAAACAUUUACAGAAAAUGAUUAGUUUGCAUCAUCAUCUUUGCUCUUAAUCGUCUCUAAGAUAUUACACUUACAUACAUUUCUUAAAAAAGAAAUCACUAUUUUUCAUGUAAUAAAAAAUGUAGAAGUUCUUU